AUGGACGAGGAAUAUUAUAGUGGCGCUGGGGACUGGGAAGGCCCGGACGCUAACACGGAGGAUGCGUAUGUUGACGUCGAAAAUUUGGGGAAAAUCCAGGAGGAUUGUCUGAAGAAAUUUUCCAGCAGGGAUUACAUCAUGGAGCCUGCCAUUUUCAACACCCUCAAAAUGUAUUUCCAGGCGGGUGGUUCUCCAGAGCACGUCAUCCAGCUUCUGUCGGAAAACUACUCUGCCGUAGCUCAGACCGUGAACCUUUUGGCGGAAUGGCUCAUCCAGAUGGGUGUUGAGCCAGCGCAAGUACAAGAACGAGUUGAGAAUCAUCUGAAGAGUCUGCUGAUAAAGCACUUUGACCCCCAGAAAGCAGAUUCCAUUUUCACCGUAGAGGGCGAGACUCCCGCUUGGCUGGAGCAGAUGAUCGCUCACACGACGUGGCGAGACCUCUUCUACAAGCUUGCCGAGGCUCAUCCCGACUGUCUGAUGCUCAACUUCACCGUGAAGCUGAUUUCAGACGCAGGCUACCAGGGCGAGAUCACCAGUGUGUCGACGGCGUGCCAGCAACUGGAGGUUUUCUCUCGUGUGUUGAGGACAUCUUUAGCCACGCUGCUGGAUGGAGGAGAGGAGAACCUCGAAAAGAACCUGCCAGAAUUUGCUAAAAUGGUGUGUCACGGUGAGCACACAUACCUCUUUGCCCAGGCUAUGAUGUCCAUUCUGGCCCAGGAGGAGCAAGGCGGCUCCGCUGUGCGCCGGAUUGGUCAGGAGGUGCAGAAGUCGGCCCACAAGAGGGGCCACGACGCCAGUCAGAUAACGCUGGCGCUGGGUACGGCAGCAGCCUACCCUCGUGCCUGCCAGGCGCUGGGGGCCAUGUUGUCCAAAGGAGCCCUGAAUCCCGCUGAUAUCACCGUGCUGUUUAAGAUGUUCAGCAGCAUGGACCCGCCUCCUGUGGAGCUGAUCAGAGUGCCUGCUUUUCUGGACCUUUUCAUGCAUUCGCUGUUCAAGCCUGGCUCCAAGAUCAACCAAGACCACAAGCACAAAUAUAUCCACAUCCUGGCGUACGCUGCCAGCGUGGUCGAGACGUGGAAAAAGAACAAGCGAGUGAACAUCAACAAGGACGAGCUUAAAUCAUCCUCAAAGGCCAUCGAGACGGUGCACAACCAUUGCUGCAACGAAAACAAAGGCGCCACAGAGUUGGUGGCUGAACUCGGAACGUUGUACCAGUGCAUACGAUUCCCAGUGGUCGCAAUGGGGGUUUUGAAGUGGGUGGACUGGACCGUGUCGGAACCCCGCUACUUUCAGCUGCAAACGGAUCACACGCCGGUCCACUUAGCUCUGCUGGAUGAGAUCUGCACGUGUCACCAGCUGCUGCAUCCUCAAGUUCUCCAGCUGCUCAUCAAGCUCUUUGAGACCGAACACUCGCAGCUUGAUGUCAUGGAGCAGCUGGAGCUCAAGAAGACCCUCCUGGAUCGGAUGGUUCACCUGCUGAGUCGUGGUUAUGUCCUGCCCGUGGUUGGCUACAUUCGCAAGUGUCUGGAGAAGCUCAACACAGACAUCUCCCUCAUUCGCUAUUUUGUCACCGAGGUCCUGGAUGUGAUCGCACCUCCGUACACGUCGGACUUCGUUCAGCUCUUCUUGCCCAUCCUGGAAAACGACAGCAUCGCCGGAACAAUCCGCACAGAAGGAGAACACGACCCCGUCGCAGAGUUCAUCGCUCAUUGCAAGUCAAAUUUCAUCAUGAUAAAUUGAGGACGGUGUGUACCCGGAAAGAAAUGAUGACGAAGCACAACUUUUUGGACUGACCAGUCUGAUGAUGCAACUUGGGACUUUUGUGGCCAUUGAGGUCAUCUUGGAGCUGUCCGAGAUGCAGAUUCAAUACAGCUCCAUCUCAGCACAGUGAGUGAGAAGAAGGCCACACAAGCAUCACUUUGAAGACUGACAUAUUUUCAGCAGAAUCAUUGUGCGGAAAGAAAAAAAAAACAAGUCACACCUUGUAGAUUGUAAAUGCACGCUUUAAUCACCUGUGUAGCACUCACAGCAGCAGAAUGUGACAGUGGUUCAUCAAGCAUAUUUAUCUUGCUGAUUUUUAUUGUAAGAUGCAAAAGUGUUUUGUGAUGGUUGGAUCUGCCUGUAUUUUCUAUUGUGGGGAAUUUUUGAUACUGUCACACCGAUCAUGUAAAAAAAA